GGAUUUCCCAGGAUUUUGGAUUCCUUGGAUCCAGAGUCAUUCCUGGGGCCUCUCCAGGCACCUUUGGAUCGUCAUUGCUGCCAAACCUGCACUCCAAGGAGCUGGCAUGGAUUUUAUCCCCAAGAUUUUGGCUCUCUGGGAUUUCGGGAUAUCAGUCGUAUGAGCGAAAAGGAUACAAGAUUUCGGGGGUGGCUGGUCAGGAGAGUCUGUGGAUUCUUGGCUGCUUGGGAAUGGCAAAUUCCAACAGAAAUUCCUGGAGAACUCCUGGAAAAAAUCUGCAACAACAAGAGGGUGCAGGAUGUUGUGUCCAGGAAAUCCAGAGGGAAUGAGGGAUCCAAGUGGCUCUGGAAGGAAGAAAUCCAAGGAAUUCUGAGGGAAAUCCAAGCCCCACUGGCCCCAGUCCUGCUCAGGCUGUGCCACUGGUUGUUCCCAAAAUUCCUAACUCGCCUUUUCCUGAGUGUCCAAGUAUCCCGAGGCCAAUGGGAGAUGGUGCUGAGAGCUGCAGGAUCCCACAAAACUCCUGGAAUUCCCUCUGGAAAACAUUCCUACCAACCUCAGGCACCAUUGGUAUUCCUAUGCUCCCACCAAUCCCAACUGGAUGGAGCUCUCCGCAUAAAAUCCCAAGGGAUUGGAAUUCCCAGAGUGCCUGUGGCUGCUCCUCUCAGCCCUAUUCUACGCUCCCUGCUGAAACGCCUGGGAGGGAUUUUCCUCCCUUUGGGAAUUCUGCGGGAAGAGGAGGUGGCAGGAGCAGUGCUGGAUGCGUAUGUGCAGGAGGUUCUGCAGCGUCGGGAGCCACUGGUGAUUUUCCUGGAAGAGCCUCCAGAUUCCCUAUGGAUCACAGAGCAAUGUAGGAAUUGGCUGCUCCGACUGCUCCGAGCGCUGAGGGAUGAGGCAAUUCCUGAUAUCCUUCUCAUCCCAGUGGGAAUUGCCUAUGAUGUGGCUCCAGGAGGAGCUGGAGAG